CACUUGUCUUCACCAUCGUGUGCCUGCCUCCUCUCGGGUUCGGCUCUCCUCCGCGGACCCAGCUGCUUGUUUCCACAGAGUCAAAUCACGGACUAUUUAUUUACAACCGACAGACGCGUCUGAUUGGCUCCUUCCUGGUCAGCUGACUGAGAGCCCGACACAGGUAGCAGUCAUAAAGCACCAUGUCCAGCCGAGGAGGAAAGAAGAAGUCGACCAAGACGUCCCGGUCCACUAAGGCCGGGGUCAUCUUCCCCGUGGGGCGCAUGCUGCGUUACAUCAAGAGGGGCCUGCCAAAGUAUCGCAUAGGUGUGGGAGCACCCGUCUACCUGGCUGCUGUACUCGAGUAUCUUACUGCUGAGAUCCUGGAGUUGGCAGGUAAUGCUGCCAGAGACAACAAGAAGGGCCGCGUCACGCCACGACACAUCCUGCUGGCCAUCGCCAACGACGAGGAGUUGAACCAGUUGCUGAAAGGUGUGACCAUUGCAGCAGGUGGAGUCCUGCCCAACAUCCACCCAGAGCUGCUGGCCAAGAAGCGAGGAGCAAAAGGAAAACUUGAGACGCCCGUUUCGCCCGCCCCUGAGAAGAAACCCAAGCCAGUGAAGAAGACCGCUGCAAAAAAACUGAGCGGGAAAAAGGGAGGAGGAAAAGCUAAGAAACAGGGUGAGGUGAGCAAGGCGGCGUCCGCUGACAGCACCACCGAGGGGUCUCCAGCCGACAGCUUCACCGUGCUCUCCACCAAGAGCCUCUUCCUGGGUCAAAAGCUCAACCUCAUCCACAGCGAGGUCAGUAACUUGGCUGGCUUUGACGUGGAGGGGGUCAUCAACCCCACCAAUGCUGAACUUGAACUUAAAGAUGAUCUAGGCUCUGCCCUGGAAAAAAAGGGAGGGAAGGAGUUCACCGAGGCGCUGCAGGAGCUGAAGAAGAAACACGGCACUCUGGAGGUGGCUGGUGCUGUGUUGACUGCUGGCUUUGGUCUGCCUGCAAAGUACGUGAUCCACUGCAACAGUCCAGGCUGGGGCUCCGACAAGUGUGAGGAGCUGCUGGACAAGACGGUGAAGAACUGCCUGGCUCUGGCCGACGAGAAGAAACUCAAGUCUGUGGCCUUCCCCUCCAUUGGUAGUGGCAGGAAUGGCUUCCCGAAGCAGACAGCGGCCCAGCUGAUCCUUAAGGCCAUAUCCAGCUACUUUGUGGCCACCAUGUCUUCCACCAUCAAGACCGUGUACUUUGUGCUGUUUGACAGCGAGAGCAUCGGGAUCUACGUGCAAGAAAUGGCCAAGCUGGAGACGAGCUAAAAUAAUUUCUCCACCUUGUUCCUUUCCCCCCCACCCCUGAAAUGGGAAGGUGUUUACUAGUGAUUUGUUGAAUAUGAAGAGAAGAAGAAAAGGAAGAAUCUUUCUAACGGCCGGGAACUUGAUUUUGCAUUACGUUUGUAUGUUUUUUCCUAUAUUGUUUUUAAUUUCUUAUUUACUCGUCAUCUCUGGCAUUUAAAUGUCAAAGUGCACUAUUAAUUCUACAAGUCUUUUAAUAAAAAACAGUGGCACACAGCAGAUUUAAACAAGUGAGAAGGCUCACUUUAAGAUUUAAUUUUCAUUAUAUAAAAAUAAAGAUGUUUUGAGAUAGCUACACCUCAAUUACAAGGCUUCCAGAGAAGUCAGAUGAAUACGGGUUAAAGCAUGUGGCAGUAAAGAUAAUAAAGACAGCUGAUCUCUUUCUCUUGAGCUCAAAAACACAAGACACGUGUAUUGUUGGUGUCGAUUCUGCGUUUUGGAACAUCUCUGUUUGUUAAUAGUACUGUAUACUGAGAAAGUAAAGCAUAAAGAAAAGUACAGCUUGCUCUACUUUGGUCUUCAGGAGACUAAUAUAACAGAAUUAUGGAAUUUGUUUUUGUGUUGUGUGUAUCAUAAUUAUGUUUUUGCCUUCCUUUACACAGGCAAAAAAAAAUCUUGGUGUGCUGCAGAGACCUUGGAUUUCCAAAAAAAGCUAAUUGAAAUAUAAAAAAAACCCUGAAUUGUAAUUUAAAUACCCAUAUAUUAUAUUGUCUUGGUAGUAGUGCAAUCAGUGUACUGCAAAACUGAAAACCAGCUGGUUUUCGUUUACAGUACAAAUAAAUCAAACUAUGACAUAAAAUGGUCAAAUUAGAGAACGGAGGUUUUUGCAGGGCACUUGGUUUGUAUUGUGUGUUGCUCUCUGUGUUUAUAUAGAUGGAGUAUUUGUGAACUGUUAUUGGAAAUUAUUGGACUUUAACGUAGAUUUUUAUUUACUAUUUUAAUUUCCACACUGAUUGUAAAAGGCAACAGGUAAUUUGAAGGAAAAGAAAAAUCUAAGGGAUAGUUUUUUUGUGUGUUUUGUCUUUGUUAAGCCAUAAAACAUAUUUACUAAUCUUU